ACGAGUGCGCAGCAGAACACAGCGUGGCUGCGCGUUAGCUUGUUUGUCGCACCGAACAAUGCAGCUCGAGUGCAGGUGGUUGCGAUGCUGUCGAUGCGCAGGUGAGCCUGGGCGUGGGCAUGGGCAUGGGCAUGGCCCGCUGUUUCAAACCACACCCCACCUCCACGAUGGCGCGUUCCCGUGGGUCAGGCUAGCAGACAUGGCAUCGGCAUGUUGAGCAGAUGUCGUUUCAACAUACUUUGGUAAGCACCAAAAAGCAGAGGGCCUGUGGCGGGCCCUCACAUGGCCCGCCGCUGGUCCCAUGCACUCGCACUCGGCCCAUGGCUGUGCACCAAUCGCCCCUGUUGGCCCGCUCAGGAUCUGCACCAGCCUCGAUGGCGAAAGCGACACCACCAGCUGAAGACGCAGGGGGAGAUACGGGUCGUGACGAAUGUGGGCCACCCAGCCAUCGCGCCGUUAGAGUCACAAGAAGCAAGACGCUCCGACUGGAAAAUCCAACCAUGCCUUCAACUAAAUAGUCUACAAUGACGCAACACUGAUGAUACAGAACUUAUGAUACA